AUGAAAAGAGAUCAUGAGAAGGGGAAUCGAAAGACUGACGAUGACGGACAUAUUCCUGAGGGUGAUUACGAGAAUGGAAAACGAAUUUUCAAGUAUCGCUGCCAACAAUGUCACGCUAUAGAUUCAACGAAAUGCACUAAAGCUGGACCAGGUCUUAAUGGAAUCUUUAGUAGAAUCUCAGGAACACUUCCGAAUUAUGUCUACUCGCCGUCGAUGAAAAAUAAAGUGAGUCGCUUCCACACAAUCCUUUUUCAUCGUUGUCUGCUAAGCAAUCCAAUCGACAAUUUGUUCUUGAACAACAUGUCUAUUUCAAGUAUCAGUUAA